AUGAAUUCUCUACCAGAAGAAUAUACUUCAAAUGUAGACAUGUCAAAUGUUCACAAAACUAUUCAAGAAUACACAGAAAAUCAUGAAAAUUUAAACGAAGGUUUAUUAUCAACUAAUCACGAGAAUAAGCCACUAGAAUUAAUUGAAAAGGAGUUCGAGGAUUUAAUGAUAAAACAAGAAAUUAUCACUGAUAAUGUUCAGAUGAUCGUCGAUAGGAAUAAUUUAAGCAAUGAUCAGAUAACGACCAUAAAAACUGAAAUGAACAAGAUUCAGAACAAAAUGGAAAAUAUGCAGGAUAUAAAAAUAACUAAUGAACUUGAAAGUGCUGGUUAUUUUAAUGCCAUCGUAGAUAAAAUGGUAGAAAUCGAUAACCAUAUCGAACAGUUUAUAGUGGAAGUAGACGAUUUAAAACUCGCGGUUGAAGACGCAUAUGAGAAUAAAAAAACAAUUACUGAGAUAAUGGAAGUGUCAGAGUAUUUGAGGGCCCAGUAUGUUAUGCAGGUAACUGAAAAUCAAAGAAAUUUUACUGAACAGAUAAAUAAACAUGUCAGCGAGAUCGACCGGUUAAAAGCGUACGCCAAUAUUAAAGUUAAAGAAAUAGAUACGUUGAAAAAACGAGCCAACAUUCAAAAACUUAGCAUAGAUUCUUACGAAAAGUCGAUGGAAAUCAUCACUCAUAAGUUAUCAAAUUUCUUCAUGUAUAUAAAGCAGUUGCAAAAUGAAAAUGAUCAAUUAAUGGUACCAAACAAAAACCAAAACAAUUUUUUUUUGCUAUUAACUAAACAAUUGGAAGAAAUGGACGAGAUAUUGAAGACGACAAAGAAGAAAGAUAGGUGUAUGAAAGAUUACCCACGCAAUGAAUUUGAAGAACACAUAAAUAAUCUUGACGAGGAAAAAGAAUUAUCCAUCGAUUGA